CUACACAGCUGAUUGGUUGUGUGAUGACUGGAGGAUUUCAAUUAGGAUUUUUGCAAAAACCCGAGAAUAUAGCAAUACGGUACUGGAAAGCGGACUACAAAAAGAAACUAAAUCUUAUCUGAGCAAAAAAAAAACAAAAAAAAAUCCCAAAAAGAUAUGACAAGAAAUCUGUCACAACGCAGUGGAUUACUGACAAGCAAUGGUCUCUUAUUCGUAUCAAGGCGAUGUUCGUUUAUGGAAUUUGGAAGAUGCACAGCAGGAUGAGAAUGCAGGUGGUAAUCCAAUAACAUCAGGAACUGAAAAUUAUGUUGCCAAUAAGAUGGGGUCUACCGGAAAUACUCAUCUUUCGGACCGGAGAAGCCAUGAAACCGCCAAUGACAGCGAAACCGAUAAAUGGCCAGUGACGGAAAUAAUACGCCUGCUACGUUUCUAUGCUGGCCAUCGUUGUCUCUGGGACGUACAGCAUGAGGAUAAUCAUAAUCGUAAAAUGCGACAUGCAGCGUUGGUGGAUAUUGCAGCCGCCAUGGGUGGAGACUUGACGAAGGAGCAAGUGGUACAGAAAAUAAAUAUUAUUCGGGCAACGUAUCGCUAUGAAAAGAAACGCAUAAAACAGAGGAUGAGAAUGAGCAUGGGAUCCAGGACCAAAUUGAAAUGGUUUGCUUUGGCCGAUGCAUUUCUGAGGAAUGUCCCGAAAAAGGGUCACAAAGGAGAGGAGUCACGAAAUUCCGAUUCCGACUUGGAGGAUGCUGUGGUUUUUACCAUAAAUCCCGAAACAUUGGGGCCUUUGCUGGGCCAAACUAAGCCAACGAAAGAGAUCGAAAAUGAUGUAGCCUUUCAACCAAAAGUGGAACAUUUUACGGAAGACACUGAACUCACCAAUGAUCUGGGGAAUGAAGAAAGCUGCCAAGAUAUGAUAUCAGAUGAAGAUUUGAAACCAAAAAUGGAGGAAUUAGAAGAAGAUUUACAACAACAAUUAAAAAACUUAAAAGAAGAAAAAACGGGAGAUUACGAAGUGAAAUUGGAAACCUCUAACAAGGACGAAACCAUUUCUAACAAAAAUAAAUCUAAAAUUUGGACUUUGGAGACCUCAUUGGAAUUUAUAAAACUUUUAAAAGAAUAUCCCAUACUCUGUACCAAUACAAGUGAUAUGUGGCAAGUAUCCCGAGAUUUUGCCUUGGAAAGUAUUGCCCAAAGAAUGCAAUGGCCAGCGGAGAGUAUUAAAAAACGCUGGAACAUUUUGAGGCAGACCGUCGAGGAGGAAAGGGCAAAGAUGCUGAAUGAUCCUCUUUAUCAACCUCCGUAUAAAUGGUGGAAGGAAACGGAAAUGCUGUGGGAAACUCCGGAGGACAUCAAGCCAGAAACUAUUUAUCUAGAUGAAACGAAGAGCCUGUUGAAGAAUACUACAGACAAUGAAGUCCAUGGGGAAGUGGAUGAUGAGGACUAUGAAAAACGUUUUGAAAAUCCACUACCCUCUGUGGCGCCAAUGUCAAAUAUGAAUGAGGCGCUUAUGUCCUCAUUGUUCCGAGAUGAUUUUUCCAUGGAAUCAAAUACGAAUUCAUCUUUUCCCCUGGAAAUGGAAGAAGAAAGGGAAAAAUUGAGUAGUAAAAAUGUGCUGGAAGAUGACCUCUUGGAGGGUAAAUGGUCUUUGAAACAUUCUGUAAAAUUUUUACGUCUCUAUGGUGUCCAUCGUUGUUUGUGGGAUUUAAAUGACCCGGAUUAUAGAUCAAGGCCAUUACGUAAUGCUGCCAUUGAAGAUAUAGCUGCCUCAAUGGGUCAUGGCUUGACGCCAGCUUAUGUGGCUAAGAAAAUUAAAAUAUUUCGCAUAACAUAUAUGCAGCAAAGGAAACGGAUACUCGAGGCUACCCAACGUGGUGAAAAUCCAGAAAUUUUGCUAAAAUGGUUUCCACUGGCCGAUAGCUUCUUGAGGCCUCAUAUUGGUUUGCGAUCGAUUAAAUCGGAUGUUGUCGAAACGAUACCACAAUUUGAUUUCCAAUAUGUCUACGCAAAUUUGAAUUUAAUCGAUCCCAGUUUGUUGAAUGAUUUUCGUGGUAAGGGUACUCAGAACGCCAUUGAUAUUGGGGAUGUUCAUAAUGGACAGUCGAAUUAAUACGGAUGGGGAGUGAGGACGUAAAAAAGGUUGGUAUUUAUUGGAUUUCUGUUAAAAAGACAUUAAUAUCUUGAAAUUAAAUUGAGCAGCACAUAUUAUGCUAAGACU